ACACAGCAAGAGAACACCAGAGUUUAGAUUCAGGCCCGGCUUGAAGCCUUGACAUGAUCCUUGAUUUUCAAAAAAUUCUUGAAGAUGGUUUCAAAAGAUCUUUUAUUUGCCAUAUUUUAUGUACUUUUUAUAUUUAAAAAACGUGAAAUUGUACUAGAACUGUAGAAGUAGGGCUGGCGUGCAGAAAGUGGUUGUUGAGAUAGUAAAGAGGACGUGCAGAAUACUGACCUUUACACGUCCCCAUCGAUCGCAUCACAUCCCAACCCACCGAUGGCCGUCGGCGAGGAGGUCAAGCUCUCCAUCUCCGGCGCCGCCCUCGCGGCGCUCCUCCACCGCUGCGGGGCCGCCGCGGGUGACUGCGACGGCCUCCUCUUCGGCCGCGCCCACCGCCCCCCUCCGCCGGCCCCCACCCUCUCCGACUACGAUGACCAAGCCCCCGCCUCCCCGUGCCUUUUCAUCUCCAUCUCCGGCCACUCCUCCCUCUCCAACCCAUGCUCCCUCUCAGAUCCCCUCGGCCGCCCCAACCCGCCACCGCCCUCCUCCCCUUCCCCCCUCGGCUUCUUCUCGUCCCGCCGCCGCGCCCCUCUCCGCCCCUCCAUGCGCGAGCUCGCCCUAGCGUGCUCCUUGUCCAAAACCCUAUCGCCCCUCACCCACCCGCUCCUCUUCAUCCUCGCCUCCCCCUCCGCUUCCGACGAUCUCUCCACCCACUCCUUCGACUACCGCGCUUUCCUCCUCGUCGGAUCCCGCCUCGUCCCGACCUCGCUCACCGUCGUCAACGUCGGCCCCGGCUUCCGGGACCAGUACCACUCCUUCGCCCCGGAGUCGCCCUUCCCGUUGCUGCAGACUAAGCCGCCGGCGGCGGCGCCCCAAGCAGAGGAUGCUUACAGCAUUGGAGAGCAGAAGGCGGUCGAUGCGAUGGUGGACGGGUUUGGGCUGGGGAAGCUGCAAGGGCUCGUCUGCGCUGCAGCCGGGCAGGCGGCGGAGAUGGAUAGCAUGUAUGCCGGGAUGCUCCGGAGGAUGGAGAAGCUCGCCAGGGAGGUGGAGAAGAGCAAUCACCGCGUGCUCGACCAGGAAAGGCGGAACCUGGUGCUGAGGUGUAAGACAGCGGGACUGCAACUGCAAUAAAAGACCGAAGCUUCUUUCGGUCUCAGCAAGUGUGUAUAUGCUCCGGAAUACUGGAGCAGGGCGUCUCCAGUCAGGGAUUGAUCGUGCAUUGCACGGCAGUAGUUCAGCCAUUGGAGUAAUGGCUCUCUAGGGUGAAAGAUGGUGUGCUCCAUGGAUGGAGUUGGGACGGGCGGCUUGCCGUUCAGAAACUGGUGGUGCUGGCAAAGUGCAGCGUUGAGUCAUGGUCGUCGUUGUGAUGCUCCUCCUAUUCGUUUAUCAUGCGAUUGAGCGGACUGAGUCGUAAUGUAUUUCCUCAGACACUACAUAACAACAUUAUGUUAUGGAGAUAAUGAUUUGUUAUGGCGAUUAUGAUUUGUUGA